GGUCUACAUACAAUACUGUAUGUCCUCUGACACUGCACAUUGCUUAAUCUGACACCCUCUCACAUCUUUGAACUCUGUAUUCAUUCACAGAACAUCUCCCUCCCUCUCGUCAGAGGAGUAGACAAUGUCCUCAUGCAGCACUCCAGCCUUCUCAUGUUGCAAUGAAUCCUCUUCGCGCAAUAUUCUAUCUAGCCAAGGAGAGGCGCUGUAAUCACAGAUGACGAACUACCUCUAAUUGUUGGAUGACUAUGUUGUAAAAUCUUUCAAUUAGUUAUAUUUCGAUAUAGUUCAAAUGUUGGGAGAUUUGGUCGAUUGCGCAAUUAACAACUUAACCGGAGGAUGCACCACUUCAACGACCCAAAACCAAAGGUUAUAUUGUUGUUGAGGACAGUGCCGUUCUAUUCUGACUGACUGGUUAGCUGCUAGCCAACAGUUGGAGUUGCUAGCUACCCAGCUAGCUAAUCUUAAAAAGUCACGUCUCCAGCUGGCCUGCUAACCUAAUUUACGUUAACAUUUAUUAUAAGGGAUAUAUCUCGCUAGUUUAGUGUUUUUCAAUGCGUUGUUUGUUUAGCCUUUGUGCAACCAUAUGAAUUGGGUUUCUAGGUGUUUUAUUAUAAGGUUAGCUUGCUAGCUAGCUACGAAUAGUCGCUUGCAGUAACUGGAGCCAAAAGUCUGACUUCAUUUAACAAAAAUGAGAUAGAAGGAAGACACCAAGUACAUUUCCCGCUGAUUUUAGCGGCUCUGAAUUGGAUCGAAAGCUUUGUGUGUGAGGCCUGCAGGUCGGGCUUUCACCGAGCUAGAUUAGGGCCGUACGCCGCCUGUGAACACUCUUAGGCCGACAGCUCGCGCUGCUAGGCUGGAGGCCGGGGAUUUCAACAAAUGGAACGAAUGGAAGUGGACCAGUGCGCAGGCGCAACUACCGGGAGCGGAGGAGGGGCCCUUCGUAGAUCGAACAGCGCCCCCAUGAUCACAAGUGUCAGUGAUGGUAUGACAGUGUUCAGUCCAACUAGUUCAGCCCGGUAUCGGCGGAGCAGUGUCUCUGUGAAUCCCAGUUGCCCUUAUCGGGCCGUCCCCUUGUCCCCUUUCUCAUUGGGUGGUGAGAGACCAGACCACAAAAGGCAGGUUGAGAAUAUGGAGAUGACACUCAGGGGGAGUCUUCAGAGACUAAGUGCUUCAAACCUGGUCCCUCCUCCUGUCAGUCACUGGCAUGACCAUUCAUCAGGGGGAUUCCAUUCACAGGACAGUGGUGUCACACCCAAUUCGUCCCCUAGUCCAACUCGAAGGUUUAGGGGGCCUACAGUCAGUUCUACUGUGAGAUGGCCUGCCCUGACUCCACUGAAAAGGAAAGGAGGAGUGGAGUCUGAUGGCCCCCCCAAGAAGCUGUUUGUUGCCGGGGUAACAGAACCUGCUCACCGGACUAGUUACACAGUCAGUGUGUCCCAGGCGUCAGCAGACUCUCCUACAGGUGGUGUGUCUGUGUGUGAUGCCAGUCCCCAGGGUAGUCCACUGUCCCUGUCUCCUCCCCCCUCUUACCAGCCCAACAUCUAGACACCCCAACACUAGGAGCCUAUCAUAGACCAGGACUACAGUCAGCCUGUCAGGGCCCUGGAUCCCUCUCAACACAGCCCCACCCACCCAGUCCACCUACAGAGCCUGGGAAUCAACUCAGUAAGCCUAUCAGAACCUUAGUUUCUACGCAAUUUGCCUAUCAGGGAGCACUCCUCUCUCUCAAACCAUCAGAGCCUUGGGGAAACAUAUUCCUUGGCUCCUGAAGUAAUCAGAUCUGGAUUUGUAAUCAAGAUAAUAUCUAGAUGUUAUACAAAGACUGGCACUCGUGCUUUGUUAAUCAAAAGGUUGCAGGAAAUGCCUUGCUAAAGGAGUUGGUGACCAGCGCAUUGUAAGGUAUUGUCAGGGUGAAGAGAUUGUGAUGACAAUGGGAAAGAACUUAGAAAAUAAUGGACUUCUGGACUCACUUUUCGCUGUAGUUGACAUGUGGGUUGUGUUGUGAUAACCAAUGUCAACUAUGGUUGUAAUUUUCCUUGUUGGGAUUUUCUUUUUCUCAUAUCCAGAGGUGUUACUGGUACUGUAAAACAGAAUGACUUCCAAUAGUCUUCCAAUAGUCAAGGAAAGGCCUUGUCUGAAGUUGUGUUCAGGGGUAACGGUGAGGGAACGUUAUAUCCCACUGAACGGGACCCAAUUGUCCAGUAUUCUUUGAUAGUCCAGAAGUUAGCGCUCAAACAUGAGACAUUAAGUCACCACAGUGGACUGCCGAGCCGGUGUAUAUGUGAAUAGUGUAUUGACAUGUGAAUAUGAGGAUAUAACCAGGGCUGCCUUUAUGGCCCCUCACUUUCUCUGGCUGUGGGGGUUUGUACUGUAAAUAUAGAAUCCCCAAGCAAAGCUCUGCCCAGAGGACCCUCCCAAUCCUGGUCCUUAAGGGCCCAAUCCUAAUGAUUGUUCUGCGUGGAUACUGGUAACUCAAAUUUGAGCACAAAUCUGUCAUUAACAUGACAGAGCAAUUCCACUGUAUCAGAGUGACACAAACCAUGUUUCCAUCCACAGUUUUUAUGCCAGUAAAGUCAUAUUGUCUAAAACAUUUUUUUUUACGGCAGCUGUGAUGGUAACAGGAUGUUUCAGUACAAUUUCCUAAAUGCCGACAGAUAAUUUGUUAAUUCGACAUGGGAUCUUUUUGUCUGUAAAAUAAAUUAUGCGAGAAAUGGCUUUAUGCGCUAAUAUUGAUAAAAUAACCAUCAUAUCGAAGUAAACUUGGAGUCACACGAUGACGUGUUGUCCUCCCACUACAACUCAGGGAAACAAUGCAGUUUAUUAGCCUACAGAUGAAAUAAGUUAUGAACUUCACAGGGUGGGGAAAGUGCACAAUGUUCCUUUGUAAUAAAUAUCGAGAGAGUCUUAUUCUGGUGACAUGAUGAUCGAUACUUGACUGCCAUUUUGACAAAUAAAAAUAUUCUGGCUCUUAUCCAUAAUAAUCUCAUCAUGUAGACUAGGCAACCUGCAUUGUAUUGGCUAGAGCGCAGGUGCCAAGACCAGAGUAGGCACAUUUGCUAUUUAACACAACUGUUUGUGACCAAAGUAUUGGUAGAGGGAAAACUUAAGCGAAAAAGUAUGUUUUGUGUGCACUGUUAUCACACACUGAUUAUUAUCGGUCAGUUUGGUGGAAACACCACCGUAUUUUAGAAUAUUCAAAUGAUAAUCUGUCACCAAUUGGAUGGAAACCUAGCUACAGACUCAGAUUUUUCUAUUUAAAAUGUCAAACACCAUACAACUCUAUGCACAAGGACUACUUUGAACAAUUUCACCAGAAAAUUUUACAACACAUUUACUUGACGAAGGAAUCACCUCUUGACAGGUGUGUGUGUGUUCUUUAGUUAGAUAGAAAGGACCAGGACUGGGGAUCUCAGUCCUCUGGGUAGAGCGUGAUAUUACCCUUUUUCUAUAUGAGUACUUUAACAGAGGUAGUCUGUGGGGUGUUAACAUACAUUUUUCCCAUGGAUUACAUUGCUGACCGGUCUUAUUCAAAUUCUGUAAAGUGGUAUGGUUAUACAUGCUCAGUACCCUGGUAGAUAGAUAACAUAAGUGACAUCAAGGGCAUAUCAUGCUGUUUGGGUUGAUGUAAUUUAUGGGAAAGUUAUGUGGUUUUUAACUGACUAUGUGACCUCCAGACCUUUUGACUUGUGAAAUAUAUAGUCUAUAUAAGCUGCAGUGUCUUAUACAAAAACAGAAUGUUAUCGACAGUAACUGUAAUACUCUUAAUUCAAAUACCCUUUCCAGAGCUGAGUUUUACUGCAAGUCUCCUUUUUGUAGACCUAAUUUCACAAUUUUGCACAGUAUUAGUUUCACAUUAUUAAUCAAUAUUGCUGUUACACGGAUGGGAUCAUAUCCUGAUUUUAAGACAUGCUGUUGCUUUGUAUAUUUUGCUUCAUUUGCUCAUUUCUCAUCAGGUUACUGUCUCUGUCCUGUCUCCGAGAUGUGCUUGGGUCAGCAAGGGUUGAGGGUCAUCUGCUGAUCUUAACCACUGAUUUUAGAUUAGGGAAUUUUGUUUUUCCUUAGUGACAAUCAGUGAAUUUGGAGGGAAAUAAAAACCUCCAGUUCAAGUUA